GGAAGUUCCCCUGGCACUUUCAUUAUACACCUUUAGGCGCCAGGCAAAAACGUUCCUUUUUAACCAGGCCUUUGGUUGAUCUUAUUGACAUCCAACACCCUUUUAGAAUGUUGCUUGGGGGAAGUGUUAUUGGGUUGUUGCUUUUGGUUUGAUUUUAUAUUUUAGUUUGAUUUUAUAUUUUGCUAUGUACCGUCCUGAGACCUCCAGGUAUAGGGCAGUGUAUAAGUUGAAUAAAUUAAUAAAUAAACGCUUGACCCCCUCCAACUUGACUGCUCAAUUCUAUGUGUAUUCUUUUCCCACUGUAAAUGCAUCUUAGGUUUCGGCAACCUUUCAGGAGUUUCCAAUAUCAUCACGCUGGUGUCCCAAACGCAGUUGACAUUUCUACAAUAUUUGAUACCAGUAUUUGAUAUCUGACAGAUUAUAUUUGACAAUAUUUAAUGGCUGUCACAAAAUGGUAUUCGGGGUGUUGUUUUCGGUAUUAAAGAGCUGGCAUGCAAUAGUACUGGCAUCUGGUAUUGUUUGAUCAUUGACAUGCAUGGUGUUUAGUAUUUGGUGGCUGAUACGCAGUCAGCCUGCAUGCUUGACAAGAUUGAAUGGUUGGCAUGCGAUUGUAGUAUUUGGUGUCUGUAAGUUAAACCGUGUGCUGUACGUAAACAUGCAUAAUGGUAACCUGAUGGCCCUUUUUAAACUUGAAAACAUGUUUGAUGGGGAGAGCGAGUGGAUAGGAGAGAAGUAGGGGACAGGAAGUAGCAUUUUAAUCUAGGCUGGGGUGGGGCUGGGACUCCAACUCCCAUCAGCCUCUGCCAUCAUGUGCUGUGGUCGGGGAUGAUGGGAGUUGGAGUCCAACCAAAUCUGGAGUCUCACAGCUUCCCAGUUCCCUAGUUUGCCUGUUCACCAGAGCCAAGUUUUUCUUAUAAUUUACUGCUUCUCCUUAUAUGCUUCCUUUAGCAUAUUUGAAUGUUCUCUGUAUUGCCAAGAGCCCUGGGGCUGCCUGUAGAAAGGAAGGAUGAAAAUGCUGCACGUUAAAUUAAAUCUAAAUAAGGAAAUCAAUAAAGCUGCAGCUGUGUGUACGUGUGUGAGAGAGAAAGAGGGGGAGGGGUUGUACGUAUAUAUGAAUGCCCAUCUCCUCCCCAAGAAACAAAAAGAUCCCUCCACUCAUGAGAGGCGGGAAGGGGGAUGGCGAAGGGCAGACUAAGCACUUCUCCCUGAAAUGGUAGCCUUCUAUUGCAGGGAUUAUUUUUAAGCGGGAAAGCAUUGAAACUUGUUAUUCCCCACCUGUAGCCUGAAGCAAAACACUCAGAGAAAAGCUUUACCACUUAAUUCUGCUAAAUGUGUGAAUUCACCCUUCAGUAGCAGAAUGUUGGAUGAAAUAGAAUGAUGGUGUUUUUGAUUUUUUUUUCUAACACACACACACACACACACACACACACACACACACACAUUCUUCCUCUCCUACUGGUUUAUCCCAAUCUUACACAUAAUAUCAGGGGGCGUGGAAGUUUUUUGGGGGGGUUUUGCAACUGAGGGCCACAUUCCCUUCAAAGCAACCUUUUGAGGGCCACCACAUGCCAGUGGUGGGCAAGGGCAGAGGCAAAGUAGGAGGAGCAAUGAAUGCAAAUUUUACCUUUCUGCGGCGGGCUGGUUUCUACGUACCCCCAAUGCAUUACUCUCUAUCUUCCAUUGAGGCAAGCAAGAGGCAUUCUCUGAGUUUAAGGGCAUAUCCCAUCAAAGGCAAAAACACACAAGGAGGGGUAUGGAGUAAGCAUAGGGGCCAUCUUGCGGGUGGCCGCAAUGAAGGGCUUCAGCUUUGCCCAUUGACUUUGGCAGGGGCCAGUCCCCACAAAUAUAUCAUUGUGGGUGCUGAGGCACCCAGGACCCCCUGGAUUUGGCUCCAGUGGGACUUGGUCUGGUACGAGGUGGGGCUAAGGAGGAGGUAUAGCCUGGGAACAUCCUAAGGGCCACGUAGAGAGUUUGGUAGGGCUGCAUUUGACCCCUGGGCCUGAAUUUCCCUGCCCCUGCCAUUUGCUGGUACAUCAGUCACCUCGGCAUCACAAUAUAUUCAGGCUGUGAUCUUAUAUCCAUUUGUAUUCAAUGGGCGUUAAUUCUGAGUAGGUAUGUAUAGGAUUCAAGUGUCAAACCUGUACCAGUGUUAGAAACUGAGGUAUAUAAGCUAGGCACCACACAGCACCUUGAAUCAAGAUUGUGGAUACCACAACGGAAUGUCUAUUCACCAGGGGAUGAGACUCAAUGACCCUUGGGGUCCCUUACAAUGCUAGAAUUCUACGAUUCUAUUAUCUAAACUACCUUGCUUGACUGUAGCUUGCUCAUACAACAAUUCACUUCUCCCCGUGCAAGAAGGAGAAACGCACACAGUGGGAAUGGAAACGAUGGACUAAGGCAGAGGUUCCUAAACUGCGGACAGCAAACUGGCACCCAGAAAUCACCACCUAGUCACAACUGGACACACGCCAGUUGCAACAUGCGCCUGGCUAAUUUCAAACACUGACCUGUACACCUUGCUCAUGUACAGCUAAAAUGGAGCAUAGGAACACAUGAAGCAGCUGUAUACCAGGACAGACCAUUGGUUUAUCCAGCUCAAUACUCACAAGCCCUCUAGGGCAGGCACCCCCAAACUCGGCCCUCCAGCUGUUUUGGGACUACAGUGCCCAUCAUCCCUGACCACUGGUCCUGUUAGCUAGGGAUGAUGGGAGUUGUAGUCCCAAAACAGCUGGAGGGUCGAGUAUGGGGAUGCCUGCUCUAGGGUUAAAUCUCUCCCAGCCCUUCGUGGAAAUGUUGUGGAUUCAAACUUGUACCUUUUGCAUUCAAGUCACGUGCAGUCUUUGUUUGUUUGUUUGUUUGUUGUAUGUCUGUUUAUUUUUGGCAUUUCUUGCCCACCCUUUUACAUCGGUGGUUACAAAGAUGGCUUCCCAUCUCAACCUCGCAGUUCUGUUCCACUCUUUCAGAAACGGUUCUAAUAUUUUGCUUUAAUCACACUGCGUCGCGAAAACAUUCUCUUGUUCCUCAGCACACAGAGAGGACAGAGCAACCUCCAGAGACCCGUAUUAGGCUGUGGACCAUAAACCAUGGGAAUAGCUGAAAGGGAUCUCGCCUGAGGCAGCAUCCCCUUCUCGGUACUUAAAGCAGAACUCAACCAAGGACUCGGAAGCAGAGAAAAUCUAAAAGCAGAAAUGUUCCUUUCUGGAGGUCAAAGAGACAGGCAAUUGGAAAGAAAAGCGAAAGAUUCUCCCCCUCCCUUUUAAAAGGAAAGCAUGACACAACUGAUUUUCAGCUGCCGGGCGUCUUGUGUACCAAACAUCAAAACACGUCUUCCUUGAUUCCAAAUAGUUAUUGGUUUUUAGGGAGGAACUGUGUGGCCCCAGCAAAGAAUCCACAGUUUGGCUUGUCAUGUCUUUGAGCACUCUCAUAAUCCAUUAUUCCAGUAUUUGCUACUUACUGUUUUUAUAUAAAAGGAAAGAAAAUUACUUUUUUUUUGGGGGGGGGGAAUGACUCCAAAGGGCUUGUGUAAUUUCUGACCCAAAAGACCUCUUGCUGCAUUAAUGUAUAGAAUUGUAGAGUUUGAAUAGACUGAUAAGGAUCAUCUAGUCCAACUCCCUGCAAUUUGGGAAUCGAAGCUAAGCUGCUUGAAGAAAGGGAGAAAGGAGCAGCAACUGCAGCACAUAUUUAAAGGGCACUAUUAAAGCGCAGAUGGCAAGGGAAGGGUCGCAGCUCAUUGGUAGAGCACACACUCUGAAUGCAAAAGGUUGCAGGUUCAGUCCCCGGGAUCUCCAGGUAGGACUGGAUAAAGCGUGUUCUCCUUCAUGGAGAGCAGGUGUUGCGGUUGAGGCUGACAAGACACUCCAAAGUUGUGGGGCGGGCUAAUUGAUCAUUGGCCACUGGUGUGAUUGGGCUUCAUUUGUUGUUGUGAAGAAGUUAAUGUUGCCAUUCUGUGAUUGACAGUCAGAAAUGUUAGAACUCCCUGCUCGAAGCGUAGAGCGUCCUCUUUUCGCUUUGUGCAUCGGAUUGCCUGUCCCCCCCUCCCUAUAUUUAGGGUUGUUCGCUUUGACCUUGCUAUGCCUGUCAUGGGGUCGUCUGCUCUUGGGGCAGGGGCCCGGUAGGAAUUUUGUCCAUCUGGCUGAUUGGCUGGGGCCAUUUGGUUUUUGCCUACUGCGUAGCAAAUCGUCACAACUUGUAAGGUUGAAGUUAGGCAUUGGUUUGGUUGGUUGAAGGGCAUGGAUUGGCUGUGCCUGCCCCUCUAAUGCUGCUGCUGCAAGGGAUUCUGUUAAAGGAAUACAGGGGCUCACCAAUGCUUUUGUCUGAACCCUGUCAAGGGGCUAGGGCCACGUAAGAGCCCCUGGUUGCAUUUGGGGAGAGCUGAGGGCAGGUUCCCUGCUCCGUCGCUACCCCCAAAUGUAUUCCCCUUUUCUGGGGGGCAGAUAGUCGCAACCAAUGCCUAAGCAACCACUCACAUUUUUUGUAUUUUAAUAAAGUUGUGCCCCAAAAAUAUGCCAAAAACCUUAAACAAAAUUUCUGUGUGAUGUGUGAGUUAUUUGGGGUGGCUUGGGGACCUCGACACGCAAAUACUCCUCCCAGAAUUAUUGAAGGGGUUCUGCUGCUCAGUAGAGAUGAUGGUGAGCUACAUGGACCAAUGAUCUGGCUCUGAGUCAGGUGAUACGAAACACAGCACAAAUCAUUCAGCACCAGAGCUGCUGUCUGGGCACACCCUACGAGGCCCCCAUACCUUGCAAAAUGAUAAAUAUGCUGCCUGGAGACAAGCAAGUCAAGUUGUGUAUCCAUAGCAGUGACCGGCGGAGGAAUGACUGCUGGGAUUUGUGCAGAGAACCGGACACCUUCGUCUGCCCCAGGUGUAACAAAACACGUCUCUCUACAGCCACAGAAAUUGCUGCAACCAUCCCACAGCUUGACUUCACCCCCAAAAGAGCGCUCUGUUAGUGUACAAGGGUUUCAUGCAUGAAAAGAAAAAGGACAAGAAAGGGUUGGUUUUGGUGUGCUAUUUAAUUUGGGUGUGUUUUGCCCUGCACUUGCAGCUAGUUAAGCAUGUGAGAAUGACUCAAUAAACACACGAGACGUAACCGACUGUGUUCUUAGAUAAAUAAGGUAUACUAUUCAUGUAUCAAAUCAUAAAUUUCAAUGGAAGUAACUCAUAAAGUUCAACAAACAAACAAAGCAGAAGACCCAGUGGAUCAGAUCAUUCUACUACUACUACUACUACUACUACUACUACGCCAUACGAUCCACUGUCCUGUAAUAUCACAUAUGAGCUUUAACUACUGAUGAAGCCCAGGACAGCGAAACAAGGCCAAUAUUCUGGAAAUCCUUCUCUUAGACUCUGUGAAAGGAUUCUGCGGAACUGUAACAACUUUUCAUGUGGAUUGUUUGGACCUUAUGAACAGACAGGUGGAAUAGACACUAUUACAUGGAUGGACCUUAUGCAUGAACUGACUAGAGAAUGAUCUGAUCCACUGGGUCUUCUGCUUUGUUCAUUUGUUGAACUUUACGAGUUUAUUGAGUAUGCUUUACGUGACCAUAGGUUUGUUUGUUGUUGUUUUGCUUGUGAGAAUGACUCAGCAAGCAUGUGAGAAUGACUCAGCACAAUCUACAGUAUAAAUGCGGUUGUGUUUAAGGCAAGUUGACUAUUGGCCCUUGCCCAGAUCACUGUGUGUACACUGAAAGAAGACUAGAUUGACAACCGUAUGUAACUGACACUGCAUUAUACUGUCAGUAAAGCAACUGACUCUUCCUAGCACUGCUUGGUGUUUCUCUGCUCUUUUGGUGGGCACUCUGCGCAUGCCCCAACACACUCCUCCAUCGUCUCCCAAGGCAGAUGGAUAAAAGGUAAAGGUAAAGGGACCCCUGACCAUUAGGUCCAGUCGUGGCCAACUCUGGGGUUGUGGCGCUCAUCUCACUUUAUUGGCCGAGGGAGCCGGCGUACAGCUUCCGGGUCAUGUGGGCCAGCAUGACUAAGCCGCUUCUGGCGAACCAGAGCAGCGCACGGAAACGCCGUUUACCUUCCUGCCGGAGUGGUACCUAUUUAUCUACUUGCACUUCAUGCUUUCGAACUGCUAGGUUGGCAGGAGCAGGGACUGAGCAACAGGAGCUCACCCCGUCACGGGGAUUCGAACCGCCGACCUUCUGAUCGGCAAGUGCUAGGCUCUGUGGUUUAACCCACAGCGCCACCCGCAUCCCUAGAACUAUAGGGACAUAAAAAAGCUACCUUCUCCUGCCCCAGACCACUGGCUCCUCUAGCUCAAUAAUGUCUACACUGAUUGGCAGCAGCUCCCCAGGGUUUCAGGAAGGGUUUCCCUUCCAGCCCUACCUGGCAAUGCUGCAGUUUUAGCCUGGGACCCCCUGCAUGUAGAACAGAUGCUUGGCCACUGAACUAUGGCCCUUCCCUGUAAUUAUUUUUCUUUCUUCUGCAGCCCCAAGGAAUUGUGCAGGCUAUUGUAUCAGGAGAAACUUGAAGCUGUAAACUCGCCAAACUCACAGAGCAUAAUGCAAGGCGCCAGCAGUUUACGUGAGCCCUGGGAAUUUGAGUUCCUUAGGAAAGGUCAGUGGUUGAGCAGCAGCUGGAGGGAGAGAAAGAUGCAGUCCCCGGAGGCAGUGAGGAGGGGCUUUUACGUUCUUUCUGAGAAAAAGUAUAUUUUAACAUUUUGAUUUUUGUGGGGGUUUUUAGGGGUGAGAUCUUUUAUGGAUUUUCGGUGGCCUUUGCAUCUGUCAGAGGUUUGAGAAGGUCGUAACAGGCGUACUCUGUGGCAGACGACUGUAAAACGGAUGGCAAUCAUAGCUUUCCCAGUAAUGAGCAAUGUGGAAUCUUCCCUUCUGAUAACAAAGAAAAACCCAAAAUGUGCUUAGUGCAUUUUUCUCUCAUAUAAGAAAGGGGAAUAUAAUAAUAAUAAUUUAUUCUUUAUGCCCCACCCAUCUGGCUGAGUUUCCCCAGUGACUCUAGGUGGCUCCCAACAGAAUAUUAAUAAUAAAAAUAAAAAGUGAUAAAACAUCAAACAUUAAAAACUUCCCUCAACAGGGCUGCCUUCAGGUGUCUUCUAAAAGUCAGAUAGUUAUUUAUUUCCUUGACAACUGAUGGGAGGGCGUUCCCCAGGGUGGGCGCCACUACUGAGAAGGCCCUCUGCCUGGUUUCCUGUAACCUCGCUUCUCGCAGUGAGGGAACCACCAGAAGGCCCUUGGAGCUGGACCUCAGUGUCCGGGCUGAACGAUUGGGGUAGAGACAUUCCUUCAGAUAUACUGGGCAGAGUAAGGUUACCAGAUUUUUUUUCAAUGAAUCUGGGGACACUUAUUGUUCGCUACUUACAAGUGAAUGCUGAGAAAGCUGUAAAUCCGGGGACUGUCCCAGGAAACGGGGAUAUCUGGUAACCUUAGUUUAGAGUUUUAAAGGUCAGCACCAACACUUUGAAUUGUGCUCGGAAAUGUACUGGAAAAGUGACUCAGUCAAUGACCCCUCUCCCAACUCACCUGGGGAAAAAGUAAUCCUAUGGACAAGGAAAAAGCACAUAGGUAUAAAUUAAGCUGGCGCUGUGGGUUAAACCACAGAGCCUAGCACUUGCCGAUCAGAAGGUUGGUGGUUUGAACCCCGCAACGGGGUGAGCUCCCGUUGCUCGUUCCCUGCUCCUGCCAACCUAGCAGUUCGAAAGCACGUCAAAGUGCAAGUAGAUAAAUAGAUACCUCUCCAGCGGGAAGGUAAACGGCAUUUGCGUGCACUGCUCUGGUUUGCCAGAAGCGGCUUAGUCAUGCUGGCCACAUGACCCGGAAGCUGUACGCCGGCUCCCUCGGCCAAUAAAGUGAGAUGAGGGCCACAACCCUAGAGUCGGUCACGACUGGACCUAAUGGUCAGGGGUCCCUUUACCUUUACCUUAAUGUUACACCAGAACCAAAGCCUGUUCAGCAGUGGGACUGGUGGUGAUGCUCUGCCUAAGCCUAGCUUCUAAAAUAGUGCUCUGUGUCAUGUUGCUUGAUAACAUGACCAAGCUGUUCUGGCUUGGAAUCCAGCCUAAUUUCCUCCUCCUCUGGCCCUGGCCCUUUUGUUUGGGUUCCCCUCCCCUUUCCAUUUUCCUCUUCCCUUCUUUUGCCCCUACUUUCUUCGUGUGAAAGUAGGCAGGUAUGCCCAAUCUCGGUUACGUUGGAUUAUUUAGUUCAUCUGUUGAGGUCUAAGGUCAGGUAUCUCUUCUGUCUCUAGGGACAUUUAAAAACUGCUUCUCUGAAUGAAUUGGGAAAUGAUCCACCCAGACAAUAAGAUAGCUCUUUCUACCCUUAGAUCUAGAUAUAUUUAUCUGUCCUGCAGAUUCACCCAGUCUAUAAUCUUUCCCACCCAUGCAGUUGUCAGUUUUGCUUCUCCAUUCAGCAUUAUUUGCCACUGAGUAAUUAUGGGACUGGGGGUUUUGGGGGGGCCAUCCUUCUCCCUGGACUUUUUUCCUACAUAUUUGUUCUACUUGUGCAUAUUUUGGGGGGCCGUCCAACUCUGUCAAUAUCUCUCCCUUGUAUGUGGGUGAAGCUUUGGGCUAUAUAAGCUGAGGAUGACUCCAAAACAUCCAACACAGCCUUUCUUAACCAAGUGCCCUCCAGAUGUUGUUGGACUACAGCUCCCAUCAUCCAGUGCACAGACUGAUGCUGAUGGGAGUUGGAGCCCAAUGGUGUCUGGUGAGGAAAAGGUUGCAGAGCCUGUUCCAAUGGCAAUCAAGGGUCGUCCCUCCCAAAAAAGUUUGAAAACACCAUUGUGGAAAAAGCACCUCAUUUUCAGACUCUACAUUGCUAAUACAAGUGUCUUGCACUGUUUUGAUGUUCUAUUCUUGUUUGCUCUGGGCUCAUUUUAGAGGUAGGGCAGGAUAGAUGAUGAUGAUGAUGAUGAUGAUGAUGAUGAUGAUGAUAGCUACCUGAACAAACAAAAAAGAACUUAAAUGUUGCUUUUCAAAAGCCUCUUUCUUGUUGGAGAGAGGGGCUGCGAUUCCAUCCCCUCCUCUUAGUGAAAUGGCCAUUUCUGUCUAAUAAAUUACCUCCCCAACUCCUAUGAGAGCAACUUUUUGGGAAAAUGACAGGGAAAAAAGUUCCUAAGUGCAACAACUGGAGUGAUAUUUGGACAAGAGAGUCUUCCAAUUAGUGCCUGGGAGAAUCGAGGGGGAAACUUAUGUGGUGAAAAAUAGCUUUAAAACUUUAGGCAAGUCCCUGAGGGCUGUUGAAGAUCUAAUUAAUGGAACCCAGCUAUCAGCCAAUCCAUGUACAGCUCUCUGCACAGUCUAGAAAACAGCAGUAGACAUUAAUGAGCCCUUUGUAUGAAUUUGGGAACUGAGGCUGAGCAGUCAAGUUUCAGGUGGAAAAUAACUUCUUGUCUGAACUAGCUACAGCGGAUGGUUCUUUUAUGUGAAGGCUGGGUCCUCUCAAAGUACAACAAAGGAUACAGAUACCAGCCUGGCUGAGAUGAUAAGAAGGUUUCUACCCUCCAGACAUUCAGUUGAAUCUCUAAUUGGAAAAGUCUACAAGCUUAAAAUUCAUAUUACUGUGAAGGAUUAGGGAGCAAAUUGACCCAGGUUCCUGUCCCUUCUCCCUCUUAUGUAUUUAUGAGGUAUUGAGCAGUGUGCACUAAUGUUAAGAGAGAGGUGGGACAGGAGCCUGGAAAAGAGAAGACUGAGAGGAGAUAUGAUGGUAGCUGUCAACGUUUCCCUUUUUUAAAGGGAAAUUACCUUAUUCUGAAUAGGAUUCCUCGUAAGAAAAGGGAAAAGUUGACAACUAUGGAUAUGAUAGCCAUCUUCAAAUAUCUCAGGGGCU